AAAUCUAAACAGGGGCCAGAACUGGAUAGGGUGCUAUAAACAAUUCAAGCACAUUUGAUUAAGUAGAGAGAAAACGCUCCCUAGAGUGUGAAUGUCCUCACUGUUUUUGUUCAGUCCUGCACAUAUGAGAAUUCUAUGGCUAUGUAUAGAAUUUCUGCUUGUGACGUCAUACAGAGUUAUAAAGAUUGUGUUUGUAAUAUAGCCUUUGAUCCUAAUUAUAUCAUGCUGUCAUCUCAAUGAAAGUGACGGCAUUAAUUUGUCAUAAUGAUAUCCGCUGCAGGAAUCAGAGUCUCUACACAACUGCAAAAUUAAAACUUGUUUUAAAAUUUGUGUGCUUCUGUGCUCAAAACUGCUGCAGGGAUGGCAUGGUUUUUAUUUGAACAAGGGUGAUGAUAACUUCCAGGUUGGCCAGCAAAAAUAUAUCACCGCAUUUUUACAUAAAUAUGGAUCCAUGUGCACUUAAACUUUUAUGUAUUUCCGCAAUUCCUGCCAUAUAAUAAACAUGGUGUAGUUUUUUUUAGUAUUAAUAAUUUAAUUGCCUAUAGUGGCAGGGUUUUUUAAGAUUCCAUACAAAACCUGAUCACAUGUUUUGUCGUCCUUGAGCACAGGCUUGUAGUCACUGCGCUAUAAAUCCCACAAAACUUAAGGACUUCUCACUUCAGUCAACUUCAUUGGCUAAAUGAAUGUUGGGAUGGAUAUGGCAGAUGUCUAACUAACCCUUUCGUGUCCCUGACGCACUGCUUUGGUGGCGAUGCUUUGCACUGGAGGUGUCCAGCAUCAUUCAUCUGUUCAGUCAUAUCGUGCUGUAACCUGCCAACAUCUACGAGCCUUCCAUGGAUAGAUCCACACUUACCCAACAGGUGGAGAGCGUUGAGCGUAAUGUAGCAUUUUUGCAGCAGGAACACCAGAUCCUCCUGAGCGGUCUACGGCUAGAGAUCCGCAACCUGAAGAAACGAUGCAAUGAGCUGAGUUGUGAACUAAGUGAAAGACCACCAGUAAGAAACCGAGAAGGUGAGUAUCAGAUAUCACAAGAUUCCAGUCAUUUCCACAUGUUCCCUCAACUACAUGUUUUUACAGAUAUCGAACUGGAGGAAGAGCUUCUGCAGGCACAAUUACUGGAGACCGAGCAGCAUUUGGCUGAGCAGGAAAGCACACUGGUGGAGCUGCGGGCGGAGCUACGGAAAAAGGGGGCACUUGCGAGCGCAAUGCAGGUUCGACUUCGAGAUGAAGAGCGGCGAUUCCUGGAGGAGCUAAAACGACGCAGUCAUAAGAUUACAACGCUGAGUCGUGACCUCCGCAAGCAGACUGAUCUGGCUGCUCAGCUCUCCUUCCAACUGCAUUCAGCACACUUUCGACUGUAUCACCAGACAGAAGACUACGAGGAAGAGGAUGAAGAAGAAGAGGAUGAAGGAGGCACCAUGCAGGAGUCAGAAUGGACUGCAAAUUCUCCAUGGACAUCUCCAGUAACGGCGGAAAGUCCACGUCAAACCCGAGCUUCAGGAAAGGUGCGGAGAUCAGAAAGAGUGAGGGAAUGCGUGCCCCGCGAAAGGGUGCUGGGGCCUGAAGAGGCGCGCCCUAUGCCCGACCCCGCCCUUUUCCUUUAUCCUUUCAGACAUAGGCUGCUCCCCUUGCACAGGUCACUUGGAGGUCACUGGAGAGAAGGUAGCCUUUCAAGGAUGCCAGAAGCUCGAAUAGGUAGAUUCAGAGACCGACCACUGAGGGAGGACAUUGGACCAGAGACAACUGAGUUAUAGAGGGCAACAGUGCCCUUUAUUAAAUGGCCUUGGUUCUGGGGGGAUUUUUCCUAUUCAUUUUUCCUAUACAGUUUUUUUUAAAGGUGCUGUAUGCAAUUUUUUUUCACUGUACUAAAGCAUAAAAAUACCAUAAUAGGUUUGCAGGCAUGUAGGAAACAUGCUAAGUUCACAUACUUGCUACAGCCAGUUAUUCUGCUUUGAAAUGUUUGUUCCGUGUCGGAAUGUCUGUUUUUGUUUUGGUCUGUGUGUGAUUCCACCCACUGCCAAUUUACCCAAUAGUAUUUCGACACACCAGGUUGCCAGUUAGCGGAAAACUUAGCAGUAUUGCAGCCAUGGAAGCGAGCAAACAAACUGGGUCAGAGAUUGCAGAUUCUACCCGACCUAAAAAGCCUUGGCAUCCAUUUAAAAACCUCUAUGAGCAGAGGCUUAUUAAAACAUGGAUAAGUCAACUCAUCAACUUAUAGUGUAAAGCCCCGUUUACACCAAGAACGAUAACUAUAAAGAUAAUGAUAUUAGCGGACGCUAAUCGUCAGUUUAUCCUAAGCACACGUGUCUGCCGCUUUAAAUUCUUGAGCAUGUGAUAGUAGGAUUGAUUCUGAUUGGGUGUCAAUGAUUUUAUCGUUCAUCAGCUGAAAAAAGUCGUUCUGGAAGUGAUUCCAACGAUAUCGUUUUUCUGUGCCUUUAUCGUUAUAGCUGUGGUGUGAACUCUGCUAUUAUUUAAUAUCAAGAACGAUUUUUAGAACUAUAUCUUUAUCGUUAUCUUUAUAGUUAUCGUCCUUGGUGUGAACGGGCCUUAAGGCUCGUUGCCCUCCAUUGUCAAUUGUGCUCAUUCCUGUUGUGUGUCCUCAAUCUGGCAACCUGCAAUAUUUUUAAUUUGGACCGCAGUACCCAUGUCAACUGCUAGCUGUCAAUAUCACAUACUGCACCUUUAAAAAGUCUUUGUUUAAGAGAUAUAAGCCAUAAACCAAACCAACUUUGAAGUGAAUCACAAACAUUACAAACCUUGAUUUUUUUUUUAAGCAAAGAAAGUGUUUGAAACUCAGACAAAAACAAUGAUACAAAAGUGAAAGAAAUGUAUUCUCAUGAGGCAUUACAAAUGUCUUAAUCAAAAUGAAAAAUUAUGUAGAAAACUCACUGCAUCGCUCACAGUACUUCUUGGGAGUGGGCUUGUCGCAAUUCUCUGAUUGGUGGACUCUGAUUCUCUAAAUGUAGACUCAUGGGUAAUGUAGUUUUUCACCAGGAAUAAAAAAACAAAAAAAACAGUUUAAAUGAUGUGGCCUGGUGGCUUCAACAAAAACAUAUACCAUCAAUUAGCAACCUCAUAGCUCAAAGUAGGUAUGUCUUUAAAAGUUUAUAUGUUAUUGUUGAAAAUCCAUUUCCCUAUGGAGAAAGUGAAUGGGAUUUUGACUUCCAGAACCUGAAUGUUGCAUUCUAGAAAACAUCCUGGCUUGAAUGAUUCAAAGAUGUAAGGAAAGUUACAGAGCACCUGAAACCUACAUUGUGAUGUCCCUUUUUGAAAUGUGUCUUCUUUGUUGAAUUCAGAGCACUCUAUAAAUGAGUUUUCACUUUCCAUGCAGUCAUCAUUUGUGUCAAUGAAGUGAAUUAUUCAGGUCACAUUAGACACACUUUAGAAGAACAGGGAGGGCAGAUGCAGGUAAACAGGUGUAUUAUAUUGCUUUUGUGUUUUUGGUCUUUCUGUCUCUAUUGGAAAAGAGCUUUAUGAUGUAUUGAAUAUAUAUGAAGUGAAACAUUAUUUAUUAAAUACUACAAAAAUUG